AUGGCGCCGCCCGAACAUGCACUCUUUGAAUAUCCAAAGCUUGCGCCUGGCGAGGACUGCCUUCGACUUUUGAAAAUAACCAUCAAAGAUAAAGACGACCCGACAGACGCUGUCGCAUGUGAACUUCAGAGCUUCUUUUUGAGGGACGUCCCAUCCUACAAAGCUCUGUCAUACACCUGGCGGAAUCCUUUCCGGGACAAUUAUGAUUUCGAAUCUUCGGCUAUUCCGAGUAAUCACGGUUAUGAAGAUCCAAUGAAGGAAGAUUGGGUGACAGAGUGCCACAAGAUACUCUGUAACGGUAUGGCGGUCUUCAUCUCGCUCAAUCUCUUCGAAUUAUUACGACAAAUAGCCCGCAAUGAAGAAUCAGGGUUUCUGUGGAUUGAUCGGCUAUGCAUAAACCAACAAGAUAUCACGGAGAAAUCUAGUCAAGUCGCCCUUAUGUCGACUACUUACAGCUCAACGGAAUCAGUCAUUGUGUGGCUUGAAAGACACGACGUCCACGCUUCUGCAGCCCUACAAAUACAAAAUGACUUUAAAUUUGCACUCGAUCUUGACUAUCAAACACGGUGCCGACAUAAUCCGAACGAAGCCAUUUUCUGGCAAACUAUUGCAAUACAAGAACCUCACGAUUUUAUGUGGAAUAGCUGGCUGAAGUUCUUUUCUAGAUCAUGGCACUCUCGCUUAUGGACUCUGCAAGAAACUUCUCUCGCUGGUAGCGUUGAGCAAGUUCUUUGUGGCGAACUGCGCUUUGAAUGGCGUUGUCUUAGAGACCUUUCUCUGUAUUACUUCGCACUUCCAGAAUGGAUGCGGUAUUUCCGAACUCGAUCCCAGUACUUCCAAGGCCCUGUGAUAGCUAUGAAACCACGCGCUAUCUACGAAUAUCGAGUUUCAUUUUCUUCUGAAUGGGAAGCGAAACUAGGGCUAAGAUACGGAAGUUCUGACUUCGGCUCAAUUAUGAUGGAAGAACUUCUGCACUCUCUCCCACUUCAAUGUUCCAAUCCACGAGACAGGAUAUUUGCCAUAUUUGGAAUGCGUCAAGCUGGACGACGACCGGAAGAACUUUCUAAAAUUGUCAUAGACAACGGGGAUGAGCCUUUGGAACUUUUCAGAAAUGUUACUGAGAUUUGUUUAAUAUUAUCUCCCUCUCUUGCUAUUUUAUCACUCGUUGGACACGACACAUGCCACUUGUCUUCCGGUAUCCCGUCUUGGGUGCCUGACUUCGCAGAUCGCCUGUCUUUCUCUGGGUUAGGUCACUGGCGCACCGCGGAGGGAGAGUCAUUUUUCAACGCUACACAAGAAACGGUUGUUCCAUGUCCCUACCGUCGCGUGAAUCCUAGGGGGUUAAGUUUGAACGGCGCUCGAGUGGGAACUGUAGCUGAGGUAACUGCUACUUGUCAGCUUCAAUUCUUUGAGCAGUUUGGAAAUCUCGAGUUCCUGCAAGACAUGCUCAAGUUACAUUCGAAUCUGCCCAAGACAUUGAGGGCUGGUAUGUCGCGAACUGAAGCGCUGUGGAGGACCACGUUUGCUGACUGUACGGACUUGCACCGAGCGCCGGCUCCAUCCGAAUUAGAGGUCUGUUUCCAUAGUGUGAUUCUGCAUAGUAUCUGGGUAGCUCGGCAAUUGACUGAAAGCCUAUCGGACGAACUAUUAAGCCUGUGUCAAAGCCUUGAGUUGAUGUUCAACGAGGGGCAGGAAACGCAUUCUUUUCCGUCAUUCGCCAAGGGAUCUUUCUGGCAUACUCAAUUGGAAACAGGUAACUCGCCAACUGAAGGGGGUGAUUAG